AUGGCCCACCAGACACAACCAUUGAAGAUCCUCGCAAUAGGGUCGCCCCUCUCAGACAUAGCUGCAGCCGUCUCCAAGAUCGCCGCCAUCAACGGCAAGCAUGGGCCUUUUGAUGCGUGUGUGAUUGUGGGAGACCUCUUUGCCGAGGGUACCGAUGGAAGUGAAGUUGUCGGGCACAAGUUCCCUGUACCUACCUACUUUACUCUUGGAAAGAACUCGAUUCCCCAGUCCGUUCAGGACAAGAUUACGGAAACUGGAGGAGAGGUGGUAGACAAUCUGGUCUUUCUCGGAAAGUCAAAAGUCUUUACAACUGCUCAAGGACUCAAGAUUGCUUGCGCCGGUGGUAGCUACAGCCCAGAGACUUACGAUGCGCCUGAGGAUCCCUUCUCCCCGGUGAUCACCCGAGAAUCAGUCGAGUCUCUCAUGAAACACCCCCUUCUCGGUGGUCCUCCAGCCGUAGAGGCCGGCUCCCUCGCGGCUGCCAAAAAGUCCGCUUCCGCCCUCCCCUCUCCAUUCCAAGGUAUCGACCUCCUCCUCUUCUCUUCUCCUCCUCCUUCCCUCUCCCAAAACUCUACAUCUUUCCCUACCUCCGGCAUCUCCUUGGUCAACCCCGUACCUCCUUUCGAAGAAAUCGUCAAAGCCGCCAGGCCCAGGUAUCUGCUAUGGGGCAACGGGGAAGGGUUCUGGGAACGUGAGCCUUGGGGAUGGACGGGCCCGGCAGGUCAGGAAGAAAGGUGGUCCAGGGCCGUCAAGCUGGGAGCUUUGGGCGGUGAAGCGCCCGCGGGCGGGAAGAAGGCGAGGUGGUUCUAUGCUUUUACUUUGCAACCUCAGACACCGUCGACGCCUGUCCCGACGAAGCCGGCGGGAUCAACUGUGAACCCGUUUGCACCUCCGUCUGCGGCCAAGAAGCGUGGGCAUGGGGAGGAGGACAGUGGUCGAGAGCACAAGAAGGGUCGACAGGAAGGUGCGCCUCCUCCAGAUGGUUAUGUGUGUAAGAUCUGCUCGCUUCCAGGUCAUUGGAUCCAAGAAUGUCCUCAGAAAGCCGACCGUUCAAAGCCCCCUCCUGGCUACAAAUGUAAAAUUUGCGAAUCGCCCGACCACCUUGUUCGCGAGUGUCCCAAAAAAGAGGACCGACCUCCUGGACCCAAACCUCCUCCUGCAGGAUACGUCUGUCGAGCCUGUGGACAAAACACCCAUUAUAUCAAGGACUGCCCCAUGGUGAAGGACCGGGAACAGGAAAGAUCAAAGAAGAAGGAACUUGGUCCCGCUGAGUGUUGGUUCUGCCUGAGUAAUCCCAAGGUUACAAAGCACCUGAUCGUGGCUAUUGGCACCGAGUCGUAUGUGACUCUUCCAAAGGGACAAUUGAUUCCCACCGAUGGGGUCAAGUCACUUGUUCCUGGUGGUGGCCACGUAUUGAUCAUCCCAAUCGCCCACCACCCUACUCUCCUUUCCAUCCCCGCCGAGGAUGCCAUGUCCAUCAUUUCCGAGAUUGAAGGUUUCAAGUCCUCCCUUCGAGCGUGCUACGCUUCUUACGGUGCCGUCCCUGUCUCAUUUGAGAUCGGACGUCUGACUGGACGCGGUGGACAUGCCCAUGUCCAGAUUGUGCCCGUCCCGAAGGAGUUGGUGGAUAAGGUUGAAGAUUCGUUCAGGAAGGGUGGCGAGAAGCAGGGGAUUGAUUGGGAGAAGGAGCCAGAGAGGGCUUUAGCGAGGGCUGGCUCUGGCGGCAAUUACUUCAAGGUUGAGUGUCCUGAUGGGACGAAGCUGGUGCAUAUGUUGAAGGGGAACUUUGAUCUUCAGUUUGGAAGGACCGUCCUUGGAAGUCUGCUGGGCCUUCAGCACCGCAUAGACUGGAAAGAAUGCGCCAUGAGCGAUGCUGAAGAGAAGGAGGAUGCGGUAAAGUUCAAGAAAGCGUUUGCAUCAUUCCAUUCAUAG